GUGGUCCGUCGGUGUAAUUAUUUACGUGAGUCUUAGCGGAACCUUUCCGUUCAACGAAGAAGAGGACAUAUCGGAUCAGAUAACGAACGCUGCCUUCAUGUUCCCUCCCGAUCCCUGGAAUCAGAUAUCUCCCGACGCCGUCAAUCUCAUCAGUAAUUUAUUACAAGUGAAGACACGAAAGAGAUUUACAGUCGAGAAGUCUUUACUCCACACAUGGCUUCAAGACUAUGAAGUUUGGUGUGACUUAAGGGAACUGGAGUCCAACGUAGGCGUGCGUUGGGUGACCCACGAGUCGGAUGACGACCGCUGGAAGAGAUACGCCGACGACCACAACCUCCCGCCCCCUAAAAUAGACACAAUCGUCACGAAUGACGUGACUAUGGAUGAGAACAACGAAAAUAGCAAUUCUAAUACAACCAGUUAUCACAAUCAUAAUCAUCACCACAACGGCUCCAGUCAUACCACUGGCAGCACAAGCCCUACAAAGAAUAUACGCCUUUAAAGCACAUAUAAUAUACUUCUUCUACAAUAGACAUCGUCUCUUCAUUGAACUUAUGGUUGGAAGCAAUGCUUUGUCUCAAUGAUAAUUAAAUCAAUUGUUUUCAUUUAUAAUACCAAUCAAUCGAUUGUCCGCAUCUUAACGUCGAAAACAAAACACAUUUUACAAAACAUAGGCUACAAUUGAGAGACAGUUUUGGCACAAAAAUUAUUUUCAGCCAAUUUUCUCCAAUAUCAGAGAAUUCUGUGAUUUUAGCGACAAAUUAAUGGCUUUUUGAAAAUUAUCAUUAAUUCUUAUAUCAAUUUAAUGGCAAUAACUCUCAAAAUUCACCCCGCUUCUUAUUCAAUCCUUUAAUUUUACAUUUCAUUUAUUCAGUCAUUAAACACUUGAAUCAUAUUUUUGAAAAUCAAAUGCAUUUUUGGUUUUCGCUUUUUUAAAGAUAUUGAUGUUUUUGUGCCUCAUUUUUGGAUACUUUGCCUCAAAUCCAUUACAAUGGACUCCAAACCCAAUCACUGUCUCUUAAAACUGUUUUUCUUUGUCUUCCAGUUUUUCAAAUCACACUUUCAUUUAGAUGUCCUUCAAAUCAAUGAAUGGAUUAUCGGUUUUUCAUUCCCUUUUUCUAUUCAGAAUUAGUACAACAAAUUUGCACCACCUUUUUGCUGACAAUCUAUUAACACUAUUACCUAUUGGACCAAAAACAAUAUUUGGACAAUUGGUAUAUAUUUUAAAACUCAAUUAAAACAAAUUCUUACGAAAAAAAAGACUAUUUUUCAACUUUUCAAUUCAAAUUUAUGUUUUAUUAGGCUUUUUCUACUUAUCAGAUAAUUUGUUGAUUUAGUCUUUUAUUCAUUGCAUUAAUAAGUUAUAUGUUAUGAAAGACAAUACAUCCAGACAUUCCAAGAGGUAAAACAGUAGCACAAGAACUCCAAACGAAUCAAAAUAAUGACACAAAUAUAAAUUAGUUAUAAAAAAGUUUUUAUCAACAAAAACAAUUUGUUAAACAAAUCGCGAAUUGAUCGGUGCUUUUGAUAAGAGUUUUAAAAACAGACAUUUUCAUUAC